CCCCACCGCCGGGAAAGCAAACACGCUCCUGAAGCUGCAGAGGAGGAGAAGUGAGAUCGAUGAGAGUGAGUGUCUGCAGAAAGCUGUCAGCCGUCUGUCGACUCACUCCUGCUGCUUCUUCUUCUUCUUCUGCUUCUUCCUCUUCCUCUUCUUCUUUUUCUCGGGAUCUGUGAGUUCGCUCACUUUGUCGCUGAUCUUUUUUUUUCUUUUUCUUUUUUCUUUUUGCCGGGACACUUGUGAAGAAAAGUGUGCGCAGUCCUCCGGGGCAUGGAGAGACAACCGCGCUGACGGACACUCGGAUUUUCUUUGAAUUGUUUUUUUGUUUUUUUGUGUUUUUUCCCCUGCAUCUUCGCCUUUCUUGAAUGAUGGACAGUUGACGGCUCGAAAGGAACCUGACUAACAGCAGCGUGAAGGGAUAAAGAGGAUAAAGCUCCCUCCACAGAGCCAGGGCUUUUUGAUCACCUGUUUCAGUUCCGUCCUGUCUGCUGCAGAUAAAAGUUUCUUCGUCGCUUCUUCCUUCUCCUCGAGCUCAGCUGACCUGGGGAAGUGUCAUGGCUGCGUAUGGACAGACUCAGUACAGCCCUGCGCUCCAGGCCGCGGGGCCGUACACGCCUUACACUCACCAUACGCAGGGCUACAGCAUGCCGUCCUACAACAUUAAAACAGAAGACGGCCUGAGUCACUCUCCGGGACAGACGGGACUCCUCGGCUACUCGAACUUCAGCGGCACUCCUCCCAGCCAGAGUCUCUACGGCUACUCUCACACACACGGUGGUGGUAUUUCAUCUGGAAUUUUCCAAGGCACCCAUGCGAUCUCCAGUUCGACCCCGUUCAACCCUACACAACAAGAGUUUUCAGCGUACUCAAGCUACAGUCCGAGUCAGUACUCUCCGUAUUAUAACUCACAUCACUAUAACAGCCCGUACCUAACCGGCAGCAACAUCAGUCCUGCUGCCAUCACGGCUCCGUUAGCCUAUCAGCAUCCGGAACACCCCGUCAUGCUGCCCAAUCACAGCCCAGAGUCACACACAGGAGAGUACCACCCACCACCCAGCCCCCCCACGCCAGGUAAAGAAGAGGGGGUCCCAGCACGAAGGGGGUCAGAUGGGAAGCCGAGGGGGAGGAAAAGAGUCAGUGACCCUGCUCCACCUCUGGACUCUGAUAUAGAGCGGGUGUUUAUCUGGGACCUGGAUGAAACCAUCAUCAUUUUCCAUUCGCUCCUCACGGGAACCUUCUCCUCGCGAUUUGGCAAGGACUCCUCGAAGGCCGUGUCUCUCGGCCUGUGGAUGGAAGAGAUGAUCUUCAACCUGGCCGACUCGAGACUCUUCUUCAACGACCUGGAGGAAUGUGACCAGGUUCAUAUUGAUGACGUGGCAUCAGAUGACAACGGCCAGGACCUGAGCACUUACAACUUCGGGACGGACGGCUUCCAGAGCCCAGCGGGGGCCAGCUCGCUGUGCCUCGGGUCAGGGGUCCACGGAGGGGUGGACUGGAUGAGGAAGCUGGCUUUCCGAUACCGCAGAGUCAAGGAGAUCUACAAUACCUACAAGAAUAAUGUCGGGGGUCUGCUGGGCAGCCCCAAGCGAGAGGAGUGGUUACAGCUGAGGAGAGAGAUGGAGGUCCUGACUGACCUGUGGCUGACCCAGGCACUCAAAGCCUUGGCCCUCAUUAACUCCAGGCCAAACUGUGUGAAUGUGUUGGUGACCACCACCCAGCUCAUCCCCGCCCUCUCCAAGGUGUUACUGUACGGUCUGGGCUCGGCGUUCCCCAUAGAGAACAUAUACAGUGCCACCAAGACAGGCAAAGAGAGCUGCUUCGAGCGUGUGUCUCAGAGGUUUGGUCGGAGAGCAGUGUACGUGGUGAUCGGAGACGGAGCGGAAGAAGAAGCUGUGGCCAAGAAGAAGAACAUGCCGUUCUGGAGGGUGUCCUGUCGGGCCGAUCUGGAGGCCCUGAGCCAUGCACUGGAGCUGGACUACCUCUAGAGGGCGCCAGCUGACACGCUCCUGCUCUUCCAUCCCAAAUCAUGAGAAGCUCCUGAACUCCUGAGUGCAGCUAGUCGGUGAAGGCGCACCCUAGAGACUGAUUCAGAGUCAGCAAUGCUCUUUCAAGGUUUGGCGACAAGACACUUGAUCCCUAAAGAGCACCCAGGCAGACAUUUUCACACCAAAGCCAAAGGAACAGUGAGGAUUUCGAAGCGAGGCUGCAGUAUAUCGAUGACACAUGAAGCCAAAAGUGCCGGACCAAAAAAAAAAAAAAAA